AUGAUGCACCAAGUUGGCGAUAUAUUCCAGGCGGAAGAGGCUCCCCUGGAGAGAUCAAAGAAUGAAUGUGGAGUAUGUUGUUUCCUUAUCUAUACUCUAAAGAUAUUUGUCCGAUUAUUAUGUCUUGUUUGUGGAUGUGUACAAAUUGCAAUGGGAGGAUUCACAUUCUACAAUCUAAGUUUCACUAGAGAUCAUAGUAUCCAGAAUUAUAUCCAAUUGACUGUUAUUGGUGCUUAUGGAGUUAUUACUGGAUUCACAAUGUUGUUUGCUGAGGCAAGAAACAAGUGGACUAGGUCUCACAUCAAGGUGUUGGUCGUCCUGGCCAAUGGUCUAUCAAGAGGUUUCAUCUAUUUAUUGAUUGGAGGUCUGGACAUUCCAAUUCCAUUCAAGUUCCGAUUCUUAAAGGCAAUUUAUAUUGGUGCCGCUAUUAUGGGCGCUGGUAUGUUGUCGAUAAUCGCUUACUUGGUGGCAUUCAGGAGGAAUAGACUAAGAAAGAAUGAUGACAUUGCAAGAAAACAAGAGAAACAAAAGAGGAUGUUCAUCUAUGAUAUAUUCGAGAAGGAGAUAGAGGAUGAGAAGAAUGGCGCAUCUGCCCCUCUUGAGAUGGGCAAAGUGGAGAUGAAACAAGUCGAUGUCUCUGUCGCUGCUCCGAAACAACAUGUCGUCGACAUGCCUACAUCUCCGUCUCAGCAGCACCAGUCGAAGCAGAACAUGCAAAACAUGCAAGACGACCCUGAUGUAUAA